AAGAGCUAAAACCUUCGAAAAUAGAAAUACAGAACGAAUGGAAACGCACAGCUUUCAUUUUCAGUCUAUUACUGCAUCCCUUUACUAUAACAGACUGUUAAUGGAUGCGCUUUCGUUUUAAGUAUAUAACACAUGAACGUGGACGCCCAGAAGCCCAAAUAUUAAUGGACAUGUGGGGUUUUUUGUACGAGGGUCCGGGGAACCGAAAUUACAUGCAGCGGUACACAAACCCACUAGGUUCCCUUACCUGAGUGAUUGUCUCAACCUCCACAGGGGGUAGGCCACUCAGGAUCUCCUCGUCCCGUCCAGGAGCCAGAAAUGGACGUUCCAGAGGUCUGGUUUUGGAUGCCACAACGUGCCCUUACCCUGAGAAAGCAUGGGAUUGGAGUGACAUGCUCAGAUUGGAUUGGAGUGAUAUGCUCAGAUUGGAUUGAUAUGCUCAGUGCCAUGGGCACUUGAAAGUUACUAUUCUUGCUUUCCUGAAAAGCUCUGAUGUUAUCACGCAAAUCCAAAAAUCUCUUGAGAACUUUUCCUCAUCUCAGCCAUCUUACCUCCUGCUUGUACAGCACAUCUCCAUAUUGCGCAUCCAUCUCGUCCAACAGUACCUUGAACUGUCGGUGAGUCAGCACCUUGGAGCGUACGUUAUUGACAAUUUUGGCGACAUCACCCAUCACAUCAACAAGACCAAUGGAUUUGGCACAUACCUGUUCUUGAUGUACAAAAAAGUGGUAUUUCACAACUUUCCCCCCACAUUGACUGACUUUUUGUGACACCAACAUAGCAAGGCCACAUUUCUUCCCUACCUUUGCACAGUGUAAAUAAUCACUGUUUAUGUUCUUCUUUUAACUUUAAAUGAGAGAUCAUGUUUUUCUGUAUAUCUCUGGCGCACAAUGUCAUAUUGCGUUCAAAUGCCAAAACAUCGUCCAGCAUCUGCACGGGUGUGCACCCCUUACCCUGGAGAGUUAUGUUCAGAAUUUUCAGUGAAUACCAGAAUAAGAACCAAAGACAGGUUCCUUACCCCUCCUCAAGAGGCUGAACUGCAUAUUAAUUUCGGAAGAGACAAGAAUUCAGUUUUUUCUAAAUAUAUCAAUGAAACUAAAGGACGUGGCGUUUUUGCCAAAGAAUGUAUUGCAAAGGGGUCCUUCAUUCUUCAAUACCGAGGAACUCUGUAUGAAGAAAGCAAUAGGAAGUUCAGUGAAGUCUCAAAUCCAUAUGCAUAUUAUUUCAAACAUAACGGAAAUGGUUAUUGUAUUGAUGCUUCACAUGAUGAUGGCUCCCUGGGUAGACUAGUAAAUGAUGAUAAAAAACCCAAUGCAAAAAUGUUGAAAAUAGAGGUGAAUGGCAUGCCACAUCUCUGUUUGUUUGCGAUGAAAAAUAUUCCUGAAGGCCAAGAAAUAACCUAUGACUACGGAGGAGCUGACCUUCCUUGGCGUUUGAAAAGGGAGCAUUCCAAGCAGACUGUGCUUGAAACUACCACUGGAAAACAGAGCCAAAGUGCCAUAGUAGCAUUACAAAGCCAGCAAGAUCAAGAUGACCUGGGAAUGGAGAUGCCAGUCAAUUCCACCAACGACCAGCCUUGCCAGGUGCCUUCAGCAGAUGCCUUUAUGGACACUGAACACAGUAAGCAGACUGUGCUUGAAACUACCACUGGAAAACAGAGCCAAAGUGCCAUAGUAGCAUUGCAAAGCCAGCAAGAUCAAGAUGACCUGGGAAUGGAGACAUCAUUAACUUCAGUUUGUAAACAUAACUGUACAACGACCAAACAACUGUCCUCUUUUGAGAAAUGUGUGACUUGCACAGGACCAUUCUCCCCUCUCAAAUGGGUUGGAGUCAAAUGUAAAGAUGAUGAAUCUUUCUUCGCACUUCAGUCAGAACUGGAAGUAUUGGAGAAGCAGAUCCACGAUCUACUCGAGAGGCAAACACGUCUGCGAGAACGUAAAACGGCGAUGGAAACAUCCCGGGCUGACGCUCGCAAAGCUGCGGUAAGUGUUCGGCGAGGAUCAUCGUAUCAGGGCCGCUUCCAACUUACCGACGAGGGAACGAAAAGUUCAGUAGACUAUUUACGCUUAAUAAUUGGUUAAUGUCAUGGUGUAUUGAACAGAAGCUGCUCUUUGUAAAUAAUUUUGAUCUGUUCUGGGAGCGACCUAGGCUUUUCCGCCCCGACGGGCUGCACCCCAGCAGCAUUGGAGCGGAAAUUCUGUCUGACAACAUCUCAAAGACGCUACGCACCAUUUGACUAGUAAGUACAAAUUUUAACUACAGUCUGUGUUCUUCUCACCCAACUGUUAAGAAUGUUACUGCUUUCAAAUGCAUAGAGACUGUGUCUGUCCCCCGAAUAAUACAACCAAAUAAUAAUUUAUUUAAAAGUCAGAGAAAAAAUCUUAUCAUGAUUAAACCAAAAGACAAUAUAUUUAAUGAGCAAAACCAACGCCUAAAGUUUGGGCUACUUAAUAUUAGAUCACUAAAUCCAAAAGCAGUUAUUGUAAAUGAAAUGAUCACAGACAACAGUUUUGAUAUACUCUGCCUUACUGAAACCUGGCUUAAGCCAAAUGAUUAUUUUGGUCUAAAUGAGUCUACUCCUCCAAGCUACGGUUAUAUUCAUGAGCCACGUCCGGUUGGUCGAGGUGGUGGUGUCGCAACAAUCUUUAGAGACUUUCUUACCGUUACUCGGAGAACAAUGCAUACAUUUAAAUCAUUUGAAAUGCUUGCGUUGAACAUAACAGUUCCAAACAAAAGUAAAAAAUCAUUGGUCUCUCUUACAUUGGUUACUGUGUAUAGACCCCCUGGGCCGUACACUAAUUUUCUGAUAGAGUUCGCAGACUUCUUAUCGGAUCUAUUGGUUAACGUCGAUAAAGUACUGAUUGUUGGAGAUUUUAAUAUCCACGUAGACAGUGCUAACGAUCCAUUAGCUGUGGCGUUUAAAGAACUACUAGACUCUUGUGGUGUAACACAAUACAUCAAUAGACCUACUCAUCGCCUUAAUCAUACCCUAGACUUGAUUAUAUCUCACGGAGCCGAUCUAACCAAUAUCGAUAUUAUACCUCAAAGCGACGAUGUUUCCGAUCACCAUCUUAUAAUAUGUACACUGCGCACUGCAGAAAUCAGUUGUAUAUCUCGUUAUCGACAAGGUAGAACAAUCACCUCAACUACUAAAGAUAGUUUCGUAAAGAACUUGCCAGAUCUGACUUCUCUAAUAACCUUUCCAACGAAUAUAAAAUUGCUCGAUGACAUGACCAGCAACAUGGGCACUAUUUUCUCUAAUACAUUAGAAGCGGUCGCACCUAUGAAGUCAAAAAGGAUAAAUGAAAAGAACAUAGCACCAUGGUAUGAUAACACCACUCGCGCCCUAAAAAGAGAAACGCGUAAACUGCAGCGAAAAUGGAAACAAACCCAAUUAGAGGUCUUUAAAAUUGCAUGGAAAGAGAGUGCAAGCUGUUACAAAAAGGCACUAAAAGAAGCAAAAGCCGAGCACUUCCGUAACCUCAUAGAAAAUAACAAAAACAAUCCAAGGUUUUUAUUUAGUACAAUUGCUAAUUUAACAAACAAACAGACUCCACCUGACCUGGGUAUUCCGCCGCACCUUGGUAGCAAUGAAUUCAUGAAAUUUUUUACCGAGAAAAUCGAAAUAAUACGAGACAACAUAGCUAAAACCAAACCUCCAAGUUUGUCGGAAGAAUUAGUUUCAACCGUCACCCAAAAAGAAAAGCUAGAGUGUUUUUCUCCUAUAAAUCAGGAAGAUUUAAUUAAAAUUAUUGCAACAUCCAAACCGACGACAUGCUUAUUAGACCCCAUUCCGACUACUUUAUUAAAAGAGUUACUACCUGCUGUAAUUGAGCCCAUUUGUAACAUAAUCAACUCGUCUAUUAAUCUAGGACAUGUCCCAGGACCCUUUAAACUGGCUGUAAUUAAGCCUCUUAUCAAAAAAACAAAUUUAGACCCAAAUGAACUUGGAAGCUAUAGACCGAUUUCAAAUCUCCCGUACUUGUCUAAAAUACUAGAAAAAGUAGUGUCAACUCAACUGUGUACCUUCCUACAAAAUAAUGACAUGCACGAAAAGUUUCAGUCUGGCUUUAGACCGCAUCACAGCACUGAAACUGCGCUCGUUAGAAUUACAAAUGACCUUCUUAUUGCUUCAGAUAAAGGAAACAUCUCACUCUUAGUCCUGCUUGACCUUAGUGCUGCUUUCGAUACUGUAGACCAUAAAAUACUACUAGAUCGUUUACACCAUUAUAUCGGUAUUCAGGGACAGGCACUGCAAUGGUUCAGAUCUUACUUAACAGACCGAUAUCAAUACGUCCAUUUAAAUGGGAAAUCGUCAAAUCUUACGCAAGUCAAUUAUGGAUUACCUCAGGGAUCGGUUUUAGGACCCUUGCUUUUCUCCAUAUACAUGCUGCCCCUCGGCAACAUUAUUAGAAAACAUGGAAUUAGCUUCCACUGUUAUGCAGAUGAUACUCAGCUAUAUAUCUCAUCAAGACCAGAUGAUUCCUUUAAGCUAUCCAAACUGGAAGAGUGCAUCGAGGACAUAAAACAUUGGAUGACUAGUAAUUUCCUCCUUUUGAACUCUAGCAAAACAGAAAUAUUACUUAUAGCACCAAAAUUAAGUAAACCGAAUAUCUCCGAUUACAGCCUGCAAAUUGAAAGCUGCACUGUUACUCCAACAAAUACAGUUAAAGACCUAGGCGUUAUAUUAGACGGCAACCUGUCAUUUAAAAAUCACAUCUCAAAUAUCACAAAAACAGCCUUCUUCCACCUUAGAAAUGUUGCCAAAUUACGAAAUAGUUUAUGUGUUGCAGACGCAGAAAAGCUUAUUCAUGCAUUUGUGACCUCACGGCUUGACUAUUGUAAUGCUCUACUUAGUGGUUGUCCUGUAUCAUCGAUAAACAAACUACAGUUAGUUCAGAAUGCAGCUGCCAGAGUUCUUACUAGGUCAAGAAAAUACGAUCACAUAACCCCAGUUUUAUCAUCGCUUCACUGGCUACCCAUUAAGUAUCGCAUUGAUUUUAAAAUUAUUUUAAUUACUUACAAAGCCCUGAACGGUUUAGCACCUACUUACUUAACCGAGCUUUUAUCACGUUACAACCCAUCACGCUCGCUGAGAUCUCAAAACUUAGGACUUUUGACAAUACCUAGAAUAACAAAAUCCACCAAAGGUGGACAAGCUUUCUCAUACGUAGCACCUAAACUCUGGAAUAGCCUUCCUGAUACUAUUCGAGGGUCAGACACACUCUCCCAAUUUAAAUCUAGAUUAAAGACACAUCUUUUCAGCCAAGCUUUCACUUAAUGCAUAGUUAAUGAACAGCAGCUACGCUAAUUAUUCUCUUCAUUCUCUUUCCGCCUCUGCCUCGGGAUGCCCAUCCCGAGGUAGGAAGAAGUUCCACCAUGUCCAGACGACCGACAGAUGCCCAUCCCCAUGCCCAUCCCGAGGUAGGAAGAAGUUCCACCAUGUCCAGAUGAUUGACAGAUGCCCAUCCCCAAUUUGAGAUUACACCAGAUACAGCUGCAGACUGACUGACCAUCCCAGCUCCAUCUAAGGCAAUUCCACCAGCUGCCAAGAGAAAUAUGACCAUCGGACCAUCCCAGCUCAGACCACUACAUCCCCAACCAAGAGCAAAGACGGACUAUUUGUCUUAUUAAUGCUGAAGUUAAAAUAUUUGAUAUUAAAUGCUAAACUAAAAAGCAGCUAUGACAUGUCAGAGGGGAUCUGGCCCUCCCGGUUGAGCCUGGUUUCUCCCGAGGUUUUUUUCUCCAUUAAUCAAUCAUUGGAGUUUGGGUUCCUCGCCACAGCAGGGCAGUGUUGGCCUGCUCACCGGGAGACUGCAUUCAUUCAUUUAUUUAUUUAUUUAUUUAGAAAUUAGAUGUUAUUUAUUAGAAUGAACUUACUCGUUGUAUAAAUACCAUGCACUGUGCUGUGUUUUAACUUUUCUGUUUUUCCUGUUUGCCCCUGUAAAGCUGCUUUGAAACAAUACACAUUGUGAAAAGCGCUAUAUAAAUAAACUUGAAUUGAAUUGAA